AUGACUGAUCCGGACGGGCGCGGACAAGCCCCUGCUAUCCCCGCGUUUGGAACCACGCCCGAUGUCUCGAAAAAGCGCAAACACACGGAAGUGACUACUGGCCCCUCUGAUGACUUCGACGAGGAGUCUUACGAUCCCAGCGAUACUGAAGUUGAGGGUGACCCGAGCGCCAUCUUGACUGGCAGUGAUACGCAUCCAGCCAAACGCCCAAGGACCACAAAGCACGGGGGCGCGGCGGAAGCAUCCUACUUCACACGCCGAGCAAAGACAGAUGAGGUCUGGAUGACCGAUCGCCUCACCUCUUUUCCUGGCAGAUUCAGCGGCCUCAUGACGGAAGACAUCGCCGAGAUACUGCGGCGCAAUGUGGUCUUCAUCCAUACUAACCUUGGUGCGGUUAUCAAGGGCCUUGCUGUCCAUCUGAACCCAGCAGCCCACGACCGCGUAUUCAUGAUGUUCAGCAAAUCAGCCGUGAGCAUCCCGCGUGCACCCCAGAUGCCUCUUGAACAUCGAGUCAAGGUCGGUAUGGUCUUUAGGGAGCGAACAGUGGGGUUCUCCUAUGACGAAGGUACUCCUCUCGGAAACGACGCCGCUGGUACUGCACUGGGAAAGGUCUCCACGAAACGGCAGUUUCAUAUCGUUCGCGCCAUUGUAGGCGACAACGAGUUUCUGACUACGUGUGUGGAGACUCACGGUGAGCGAGGGCUCCGCGCUCCGUCCAUACCACCGGAUACAUACUGGCAGUGGCUACGUGUAGCUGAUGCUCGCGACCGAGACCCCGUUAACCAUGGCCCUCACCCUGUUCUCACGGUGGACACAAGCCAGGCCACGAGGCCAGUUCGCAUCUCGGAUAUGUCAUACGUGCUUGCAGGCGCGUCCAGUCGAUGCACACUUACGGAAGACUGGGAUUUCGCCGGAUAUCUCGAUGAAGCCAGUGUCACUCUGCUGGAGACGAUUGGAAAGCGAGUGACAACAUCGCAGCGAAACGACAAACUGAAUCACGGACUCUAUGACUCAAUCAACUGGGAUGCUAUAGACGAUGGCCGUAACGUCAUGGGCCUCGCAGCGUAUCCACGACCUGACCGCCGGCCACCCCCUCGUCGAACUGAAACUCCUCAACAUCAUCCGGAUGACGACGAGUCCGACAACGAUCGUAGGCGUUCCGAUCAUCGCCGCCGCUCUGAUCGACGAGGUCGAGACCACCGGGAUUCAUCUCGACAGGAUCGUGGUUACUCAAACACCGCAUCUUACGAGAAAGACCGGCCACAGCGCCCUCGUGGUUCGGAUACUAGGAGCUCACAGCUGCGACCGACCCAGGGAAAGAGGGCCGUCCAAUAUGACGACGUUGACCAAAGCAAGGCUGAUGCCCCUUGCGGGAACUACACCGCAAAAGUUAAUUAG